AAAAAGAGGCAGCAGAAAUCUCAGCUGUACUUCUAGCCCUUUUAAAAAGUUUGCUCUGUAAAUUGGAAUGAGGUCAGAUUUGGAGCUUCUCAUUGCACGCGGAGAUUAUUAUUGCAUCGGGUUCCAAGCCAAUGGGAAGCCCGGGGGAGGGGCUUGGCACGAGGAAGCGUUGGUUACAGCGGCUGAUUGGCCGCGGCCAAGACUGGGAAAGGAUAAAGAGGCGCGAGGCGGAAUUGGGGUCCGCUCUAAGCUGCAGCAAGGGAAACCGUGUGUGAGAGGAAGAGGCCUGUUUCGCUCCGGGUCUCUAGUUCUUGCACGCUCUUUAAGAGUCUGCACUGGAGGAACUCUGCCAUUACCAGCUCCCUUCUUGCAGGAGGGAGGGGAAAACAUACAUUUAUUCAUGCCAGUCUGUUGCAUGAAGGCUUUCUGGCGUCCUACCUUGCAACAAAAUAGUUGCACAAACUCCUUAGUGCCGAUUCCGCCCACAGAGAGUCCUGGAGCCAGAGCCUUUUCUGCUUUGCAUUGUAAGAGAGGGACUAACUGAUAGAGACUAUGUCCCUUUCCUGAGCUUCUGAGAGCGCUCACGAACUGGAAUCAACUGCUUCAGGGGAAGGAAAAAAAAAAAAAGACUUGCCUGGGAGGCGGCGAGAAACUUGCAUUGGAAGCUUCAGCAACCAGCAUUCGAGAAACUCCUCUCCACUUUAGCACCGUCUCCAGGACGCAGAGCCGAGAGACAGCGCAAACUGCGGCGCGGUGAGAGAGAAGAGGGAGAGAGAAGGAGAUUCUCCAGCCUGGGAACUAUAACUCCUCUGCAAGAGGCGGAGUGCUCCCGCCUCGCAUCUUUUUGGAGACUUUUCUCUCUUCGCCCACCUCCGCCCCGGCCAGGAGUUGAGCCGCCCGCUCGACUGCCGCGCACGUUCCCCCGCUCAGCGUGCGCUUGGUCCCGGGAGCCAGGAGGGCCCGGCGAUCGCGCCGCGGCCGCCGCGAGGGUGUGAGCGCGCGUGGGCGCCCGCCGAGCCGGGGCCAUGGUGCAGCAAACCAACAACGCCGAGAACACGGAAGCGCUGCUCGCCGGCGAGAGCUCGGACUCGGGCGCCGGCCUCGAGCUGGGCAUCGCCUCCUCCCCCACGCCCGGCUCCACCGCCUCCACGGGCGGCAAGGCCGACGACCCGAGCUGGUGCAAGACGCCGAGUGGGCACAUCAAGCGGCCCAUGAACGCCUUCAUGGUGUGGUCGCAGAUCGAGCGGCGCAAGAUCAUGGAGCAGUCGCCCGACAUGCACAACGCCGAGAUCUCCAAGCGGCUGGGCAAACGCUGGAAGCUGCUCAAAGACAGCGACAAGAUCCCUUUCAUUCGGGAGGCGGAGCGGCUGCGCCUCAAGCACAUGGCUGACUACCCCGACUACAAGUACCGGCCCAGGAAGAAGGUGAAGUCCGGCAACGCCAACUCCGGCUCCGCGGCCGCCGCCGCCUCCAAGCCCGGGGAGAAGGGCGACAAGGUCGGUGGCAGCGGCCACGGGGGCGGCGGCGGCGGGGGCGGCCACGCGGGGGGAGGAGGCGGCGGCGGCGCGAGCGGCGGCGGCGCCAACUCCAAACCCGCUCAGAAAAAGAGCUGCGGCUCCAAAGUGGCGGGCGGCGGGGUCGGCAAGCCCCACGCCAAGCUCAUCCUGGCAGGCGGCGGCGGGAAGGCGGCGGCGGCGGCCGCCUCCUCCUCUUCCUCUUCGUCGUCGUCGUCCUCGUUCGCCGCCGAGCAGGCGGGGGCCGCCGCCCUGUUGCCCCUGGGCGCCGCCGCCGCGGCCGCCGACCACCACACGCUGUACAAGGCGCGGACUCCCGGCGCCUCGGCCUCGGCCUCCGCGGCGGCCUCGGCCUCGGCCGGCCUGGCGGCGCCGGGCAAACACCUGGCGGAGAAGAAGGUGAAGCGCGUCUACCUGUUCGGCGGCCUGGGCGCGUCGUCCUCGCCCGUCGGCGGCGUGGGCGCGGGCGCCGACCCCAGCGACCCCCUGGGCCUGUACGAGGAAGGGGGCGCCGGUUGCUCGCCCGACGGGCCGAGCCUGAGCGGCCGCAGCAGCACGCCGGCCGCCGGCCGCUCGCCCGCCGACCACCGUAGCUACGCCAGCCUGCGCGCCGCCUCGCCCGCCCCGUCCAGCGCGCCCUCGCACGCGUCCUCGUCGGCCUCCUCCUCCUCGUCGUCGUCGUCGUCCUCCUCGUCCUCGGGUUCGUCGUCCUCUGACGACGAGUUCGAGGACGACCUCCUCGACCUGAACCCCAGCUCAAACUUUGAGAGCAUGUCCCUGGGCAGCUUCAGCUCAUCGUCGGCGCUGGACCGGGAUCUGGAUUUUAACUUCGAACCCGGCUCCGGCUCACACUUCGAGUUCCCGGACUACUGCACGCCCGAGGUGAGCGAGAUGAUCUCGGGAGACUGGCUGGAGUCCAGCAUCUCCAACCUGGUCUUCACCUACUGAAGGGCGCGCGGGCUGGGAGAGAGAGGGACGGGGCGGGUGGUGGGGUGGGGGGAGGACCAGAGAGGAAAAUGAAAAAGGAGAAAAAAAAAAAAAGCGGACAGAGAAAAGAGUUGCAAGAGAAAAGGGAAAACAAGAGGGGAAAAAAAAAGAAAAAAGGAAAAGGAGGAAAAAAAAAAGUGAGGAGGGCCGGCUUCGGCCGCGUCCGGGUGGUCGGAGAGCAACGCCACGGCGUCUGGGGACCCGCGCUCCCAACCCCCAUCUUGCCGGCUGGAGGGACGCGGCGGAGGCGGAGGUAGACAGGGGCGACCUUUUAUUGUUGUUCUUGGUGUUGUUGAUGGCGAAAAAAAGCGACUUCGAGUUUCCUCCCCAUUGCUGGAAGAGACCCCCCACCACCACUACCAGCCCUUCCAACGAGCUUCCGGACUUGUCGGCGCCCCCGGCCAGAAGCCGAGUUGGUAGUUUGCUAGCGACUGAAGGAAUCGUCUAUUCCUGUCUCAUCGCUCCCUCGGUGUUUUGGGGCUAUUUUACUUGGUUUUUUGUUUUUUUGAUCCCGAGGGGAGGGGGAUUCCGACAUGCCCCCGGAGGGGUUUUGUUCUCAGCAUCCCCGCCCCCAUCCACCCGCCCCUGCAGCCAGAGGAGGAGACGUUGAGUGACCGGCGCUCGGAAAUGACCCGAGAACCUAGUUGGAAAGCCACACUAGCCAGGACGAGGGGCGGGGAGGAGAAGGCCACGAACUGGAAGGGGGGCGAGUAAUAAAACUGAAAUGGAUUUGCACGUUCGGGAGAAGGUGGCGGCGUCUCCUGGGCCUCCGCCUCCUGCAUCUCUGAAACCAGUGAGGUGAGACUUCACGGCCCCGCAGGCGCGGAGGAGAGGAGACUGUUUGAUGUGGUACCCGGGGCAGUGGAGGGCGAGUGGUGUCGGGGGGGAAAAAAAAGGUUUUUUGCUUCUCUUAAUCGGAAUCGUGAUGGUGUUGGAUUAUUUCACUGGUGGGGUUAAUAUAGCAUGUUAUCCUGUCUAUCUUUUAAAGAUUUCUGUAUUAAGACUGUUGAGCAGUUUUUAAAAUAGUGUAGGAUAAUAUAAAAAGCAGAUAGAUGGCGCUAUGUUUGAUUCCUACGACAGAAAUUAUCACCAGCUUUUUUUCAUUCUUAACUCUUUAAAGGAUUCAAACGCAACUCAAAUCUGUGCUGGACUUUAAAAAAAACCAAUUCAGGACCAAAUUUUUUCUCAGUGUGUAUGUGUUUAUUCCUUAUAGGUGUAAAUGAGAAGACGUGUUUUUUUCCCUCACCGAUGCUCCAUCCUCGUAUUUUUUUUUUCCUUGUAAAUGUAAUCAGAUGCCAUUUUAUAUGUGGACGUAUUUAUACUGGCCAAACAUGUUUUUUCUUAUUUUGUCCCUUUUUUUUUAAAGUUCUUUUGCUUUGCUUUCUUUCUUUUUACGUCCUUAUUUCCUCCUUCUUUACUUUAUUUUUUCUUUCCUUUCUUUUCCUUUUUUUUUUUUUUUGGUAGUUGUUGUUACCCACGCCAUUUUACGUCUCCUUCACUGAAGGGCUAGAGUUUUAACUUUUAAUUUUUUAUAUUUAAAUGUAGACUUUUGACACUUUUAAAAAACAAAAAAAGACAAGAGAGAUGAAAACGUUUGAUUAUUUUCUCAGUGUAUUUUUGUAAAAAAUAUAUAAAGGGGGUGUUAAUCGGUGUAAAUCGCUGUUUGGAUUUCCUGAUUUUAUAAUAAGGCGGCUGGUUAAUAUCUCACACAGUUUUAAAAAAUCAGCCCCUAAUUUUCUCCAUGUUUACACUUCAAUCUGCAGGCUUCUUAAAGUGACAGUAUCCCUUAACCUGCCACCAGUGUCCAUCCUUCGACCUCAGCCCUAUAAAAAGGAGGGGAGAUUUAGCCAAACACUGUAUGCUUUUAAGAAAAACGAGUUUUUUUAAACAAAUACUGUUUUAUGCAGAGGCUUUACAACUGGUGCAUUUACAGCAAAAAGGGAUCCUGUAGCUUUAACUUGUAAACCACAUCUUUUUUGCACUUUUUUUAUAAACAAAAACGUGCCGUUUAAACCACUGGAUCUAUCUAAAUGCCGAUUUGAGUUCGCGACACUAUGUACUGCGUUUUUCAUUCUUGUAUUUGACUAUUUAAUCCUUUCUACUUGUCGCUAAAUAUAAUUGUUUUAGUCUUAUGGCAUGAUGAUAGCAUAUGUGUUCAGGUUUAUAGCUGUUGUGUUUAAAGAUUGAAAAAAGUGGAAAACAUCUUUGUACAUUUAAGUCUGUAUUAUAAUAAAGCAAAAAGAUUGUGUGUAUGUAUGUUUAAUAUAACAUGACAGGCACUAGGACGUCUGCCUUUUAAGGCAGUUCCGUUAAGGGUUUUUGUUUUUAAACUUUUUUUUGCCAUCCAUCCUGUGCAAUAUGCCGUGUAGAAUAUUUGUCUGAAAAUUCAAGGCCACAAAAAAUGUUUGGGGAAAAAAGAAAAAGAAAAAAUCAUGCCAGCUAAUCAUGUCAAGUUCACUGCCUGUCAGAUUGUUGAUAUAUACCUUCUGUAAAUAACUUUUUUUGAGAAGGAAAUAAAAUCAGCUGGAACUGAACCCUAAA